GUUUUUAAAAGCUCUGCUGGGAAUAUUUACCUUACUCAGUUGGCAACGUCGGAACCCUUCAAUUUUGAAAUGUUUUGAUGCUUAGGACUUAUACAUGUAUUGAACAUAAUUUCUAAUUAAAAUAAAUAUAUAUAGUUUAUUAUUUACUAAUAUAUUAUAGUCUAUUAUCUAUAUAGGCUAGAUAUUGUACGAUGGAAGAAUAUCAACAGCAACUAGAAGUUAUCGAAAACGCAUUAAAAACCAGCAAACCGGGACCCGAGAGGGACGAAUUAUUAAGUUUAAAAGAAAAUAUCGAAGAACUGCUCCUAUUAACUCAAGAAUCAUUACAAGCAGAAUCUAGAAAUUUUCAGCUAAAUGUUAUCGAAAAUGCAUUAAAAACCAGCAAACCAGGGCCAGAAAGGGACGAAUUACUAAGUUUAAAAGCAAAUAUUGAAGAGUUGCAGUCAUUAACUAGGGAAACUUUAAAGGCUGAACCUAGCAGUCAGGGUUCCAGUCACAGUCGAGAGGAUUCAUCAAACAGUGACGGUAAUUGCACUGAUGAUGAAUGGGCCCUAUUUAUGUCUGAAAUGGCUGAGGAAGGAGCCAUAGAAACUAAAAAGGAAGAUAAAUAUGUUGAUGAAAAAAAAAUUAAAGAACUUGAAGGACAAAAGUGUCAAGCACCAUAUAAGCAACAAUGGGGCCAAAUGUCUUAUCAUAAUGCUAUGAUUUGUUCUGUGCCCCAAGGAGUAAAGGAGAUGGAUAAUUUACAAGUAAAAGUGCUGUUUUUAAAUCCAACCCAUAAAGAAAUGCUUCCUUGCCCAUACUACUUUGAUAUGAAAAAAGACUGUCACUAUGAUGAAGACUCUUGCCAAUACUCCCAUGGCCAAUUAGUCAACUAUUCAGAUCUAAGAAGUUACAUGGAGCCAAAAUUUGAAAAUCUCACCAUAGGCAGCAAUGUCAUCGCCAAGCAAUCGGAUGGCAUUUGGUAUAAAGGUAAAAUAACCCGUAUGUCAAAGGGAAACUGCAUGGUAAAAUUUGAAUCGAAAAGCAAAAAUCACAGCGAUAUUUAUGAAGAAAUUAAUCUUGAACACGUCUUGCAUAUGGAACAAGAUGAUGACGAGGGUGAAAGUGAUGAUUGUCAAAUAAUUCAUGACGAGGACGAAGCGAAUGAAAUUGAAGAGAGAAAGCGACAUGUAAAACGUGCAGAGUUAAUAAAUAAAAGUCUGAUGAUCACCCCCGAGUCGAAACCGCUUGGCGAGUGGGAGAAACACACUAAAGGUAUAGGAUCGAAAUUGAUGCAAAAAAUGGGUUAUAUCGUGGGCACCGGACUGGGAAAAGACGGUUCUGGAAUUGUUAAACCGGUUUCGGCCAUUAUUUUGCCACAAGGGAAAUCUUUAGAUUUCUGUAUGAAUAUGAAAUUGGAAAUGAAAAAUCCGAAUUUGUUCCAUGCAGAAACUAGGACAACGAAAGGGAAAAAGAAGCUGAAACAAAGAGUUCAAAACAAAUUGGAAAGGAAACGGGUCAGAUUGGAGAAAAUGUCGUUGGAUAAGUUCGUUGACUUUUGUAUUCACCACAGGGGAAAUGUGCCUGUGAAAUCGGGUCAAGAAACCCAAACGCUUCAAGAAAAACUGAAAAAUGAAACGGACAAAAACGCGAACCUGUGCCUGUUCAAGCUGGACGAGAGUCUGAAAAAAUUAAAAAUGCAAUUAAGGGAAAUGGAUGAAAAUAUCGCCAAUAUGGAACAGAUCCACCGUAUCGUGCCGAACAAGUUUUACAGCAAACAAAAGUCCAAAAAAAACAGCAUCAAAAGGGCCGAACUGAUGCGAUUAAUCUUAAAAAACGAACUGGACAGGCGAAAGACCAAUAAGGAGAUGUCGGUAUUUUAGAUUGUUUAUUUAUUUAUUUAAAAAAAAAAGUGAUUGUAAUAGUUUAUAGGAUCUUUAUUUAAUUUAUAAAUAUGUAAUUCUUUUUAUAUAGCUUUUUUGCUUUUGGAGGUUAUUGAAGUAGGUUUAAAUAAAUUGUGAAUAAAAUAGAUUCAGAAGUA